AUGAUCCGUUUAAUAGCCACAAUCAGCGCUGUGCUGACGGGCUCAUCGGUGCUGUACUUCUUGGUAUUUCACCAGAGACUGUCAUCCCGCAUCGAACAUACAUCCCAGAAAGGCGCCCUAUCCAAGAGUUCAAAGCCGGUAACAAUCAACUCAAUACCACAAUCUGUAUUCACGGACCAAUAUUUUGCGCUUCAUGAUCGCGCAUCGAAAUCUGUACUUCGCGAGUCUCUUCCUUGCAGCAUUCCAACAGAGUUACUCUUCACCAAACUUGCUCGACGAAAUAUGACCAUCUUUACUCAUUUCCCUCAAGCUUUGAUGAUUCGACUUAUGAGUAAGAGCUCAGAAGAAAAGAGAAGCUUUAAAGCAUCGCAUAUCUCCUCCCUUGAUUUCCAUGAAGGGGACUUGGUUUGUGGUGUGUAUCGUGUUGUUGCGCGGAGCAGCAAUAAAGUGGAGUUCGAAAUAAAGCUGAAGGGUAUGGACUUUGUGAAUGGUCGACUUGCUCUCAGCUUCAAGGAGGAGGGUGAUGCUGUGGUCUUUUGUACUGAGACAGUUAUGUGGCGACGCGUGGAUGAGAAACAGACUAUGCCGCUGGAGAAACCUGUACUACGUUGGAUGCACGAAACAGCAGCUUGGUGGUUGAUUGAUUCAGGGGUUAAGUAUUUGACAGAGUUGGAAACAUGA